AUGGAGGAUAAUAUGAGAGCCACGAUUGCAAACGACAAGUACCUUUCCAAGCAGCAGCCUGGACACCGUGUCUUCUACAACAUCUAUCGUCUUCACGACUAUCACUCACUGAUAUACGCCGCAAUGAUGUGCGGACAGGCUGCUGAGGCCUUGGCGGCUGUGAGCCGUAUGGAAGCGACUGUCACUGAAGAGCUCUUGAACACUAAGUCGCCGCCUAUGGCCAACUGGACUGAGUCAUUUCUAUCCGUCCUCAUUCAUGUCUUGAUCCAUUUCGGCAUGUGGGAGCAGCUCAAGAAGCUCCCUCUUCCAACUGAUACAGUUCUCUACUCUGUUCUUACUGCAAACACGCAUUACGGUAAAGCCAUUGCAUGGGCUGCUACUGGUAAUAUUGAAGAGGCGGAGAAAAAAAGGGCCCUAAUCCAGCAAGCAGCUGCGUGUCUUCCCGAGUCACGUCUUGACUUCCCUAAUAAGGUUGUCGACAUUCUUAAGGUUGCGGCGGCGGUGCUUGACGGAGAGCUACAAUACUGGCGUGGGAACUACGAGGAUGCAUUCAAGAGUCUAAGAGUAGUUAUUGAACUUGAUGAUGGCCUCGUUUACUCUGAGCCUUGGGGCUGGAUGCUAUCGACAAGGCACCCUUAUGGGGCUAUUGAAAGCUACGUACGAAGUACAAGGAUUAUCGGCAUUCCCGGCCAAUCGGAAGUGCCUUAUCUGUCCAUUGCCACCGGAUUUGACAGACGUCCUUCGAACGACAUCUUGUCAAUAUUUUUUGGCCCUUUUGAUGACAUCUUCGCAUUCUCUACGCAGUAG